UCCAACUCUCCCCUUUAAAUCUUCUAUUCUCAUUUUUCCAUUGGGUUGAACUCUAAACAUAGUGCAGGUUUUAAGAUUGGAGAAUGAAUGGAAAAAAGGGUAGUAGUAUUGAGAUCAAUAUACCGGCUUCAAUUGCAGAGAAGAUAUCCAAGAUUAUCUUCCAAUGCAAAGGGUGGUUUUCUCGUGUUUCAGAUUUCUGCAAAGAGGACACAAGUAGAGUGGUUUUCGCCCUAAAAGUUGGCCUAGCUGUUCUGCUUGUUUCACUUCUGAUAUUGUUUCCGGCUCCCUAUCAAGUGUUUGGUGCCAAUGCUAUAUGGUCUAUCCUCACUGUUGGUAUGAUGUUUGAAUACACUGUUGGUGCCACAUUUAAUCGAGGAUUCAACCGGGCACUUGGAAGUCUGAUUGCUGGAGUAUUAGCCACUGCCAUUGCUGAAAUAGCUUCAAGAAGUGGCCCUGUUGCUGAGGCUGUUAUCAUAGGCACCAGCAUCUUUCUCAUUGGGACUAUCACAACGUUCAUGAAGCUGUGGCCAUCCCUAGUGCCAUACGAAUAUGGUUUUCGGGUUGCACUUAUCACCUACUGUUUGAUCAUUGUUUCUGGAUAUCGGAUGGGAAACCCAGUAAAAACUUCCAUGGAUAGACUUUACUCCAUUGCCAUUGGAGCAAUUGUAGCAGUCCUGGUGAAUGUGCUAGUUUGUCCAAUAUGGGCUGGGGAGCAGUUACAUAAAGAACUUGUUUCCAGUUUCAAUAUAGUGGCUGACUCACUUGAAGAAUGUGUUAGAAAGUAUUUAGAAGAUGAUGGGCUGAGCUACCUUAAGUUCACAAAGACUGUCUCAGAUGAGUUCCCAGAUGAGCCUGCAAUCAAGAAUUGUCGUGACACGUUGAACUCUGCAGCAAAGAUUGAAACACUGGCUAACUCCGCGAAAUGGGAGCCACCACAUGGGAGGUUCUGCCAUGUCUUUUAUCCAUGGUCAGAAUAUGUUAAAGUUAGUGCUGUUUUGAGAUACUGUGCCUAUGAAGUCAUGGCCCUUCAUGGUGUACUUCAUUCAGAAAUCCAGGCUCCAUAUAAUCUAAGGAUCACACUCCAGAAAGAGAUUCAGGAAGCAGUAGCUCAGGCUGCAGAGCUAGUUCGCGCUUUGGGCGAAGAUAUAUCAAGCAUGCAACAAAGCCUUAAAGGCUGUCUUCUAGCUAAGGUUCACGCCUCGACUGAAAGACUGCAGAGAGCAAUAGAUAGGCAUUCAUGUUUCCUUAUACUGAGAAAUGAAACAUGUGACAGCAAUUCACCAGAGCAACAGCAAAAAUUAUCUCAAAUCUCUUCAACUAACCUUGAUGAGAUCUCAACUCACUUGGCUGAUCUCGAAGACAGCAUGUUAGAAGAGAACUUUGACAUUCCUUCCCUGCCAUUAGAAAUGCCUGCAGCAGUAACAAAUGAACAGGCAUACAAUGAACUGAUGAAGAAGCAACAAAGAAGGCUGUACUCUUGGCCGUCAAGGGAAGUUGACGCGUAUGAAGACAAGGGGACUAUAUCUGUAAAUUUUAAACCUGAGAUGAAGGGACUCCAGAGCACUAUCACAUUUGCAUCCUUGAUUAUUGAGCUUGAGGCUCGGCUUGAUCACUUAGUUGAGGCUGUAGAUCAGCUCUCCAAGAUGGCAAAGUUCAAACCCGAGGGGCUAUAAGAAGAAAGACCAUUCUUUUACCAGGAAAACAGAAAACAAGUCAAGGUGUUCCCACAACACUAUCUUCAGUGAACUUCUUUCAUUCCAAUCAUUUUGCUUAUUGAAAUAAUGCACUCUGAAAUGUAGAUUUUUUAUUUCCAAAAUAAAUUAUUUGUUUUCCCUGUA